GUGUGUGUGUGUGUGUGUUGGUAUAGGGCUUAUGAAAGUACCAAAGUCUCCAUAUUUUCUUCUAUUAAACCCAUCUCUUCUUCAAAACCUCAUUUUGUUGCUUUCUUUCUCCUCUAUAGAAGAUCAUGGGAAUCCGAUUUCUUAGUACUCUUCAGGCUAAGUUCCUUCUUCACCGAACUAUUUUCCCUGCAAGCCAAAUAGCCCCCAAUGUUGCCCAUGUCCCAAAAGGCUAUAUAGCAGUUUAUGUUGGAGAGAUUCAGAAGAAAAGAUUCUUGGUUCCGAUAACGUACUUGAACCAACCUUUAUUUCAAGAGUUGCUACAUAAAGCUGAAGAAGAAUUCGGGUUUAGUCAUCCCAUGGGUGGUCUCACCAUUCCUUGCAAAGAAGAUACCUUCCUCAAUCUCACUUCUGUUCUGAAUGGACAAUGAGAGUGGAAGGAGGGAGAAAGCUCUGGCAAUAGAAAUUUCAUCACAGACGCUUUUGUAGAUUAGGAACAUCCAAUUCCAUGUAGAUGACAUAGUUUGUUUCUGUAUGAGAAGUUUGUGAUGGCAAAAAGAGAUGAGAAAUGAGAAAUAGAAUAUAUUGUUCAAUUUA